AAACAAGAAUAAAGAAGAAUGGGUGGAGGAAACUGCUCUUCGUUCACUGAAUUCCUUCUCUUGGGAAUUACCAACAACUCUGACAUGAAAAUGCUUCUGUUCACUGGAUUGCUUCUCAUUUAUCUCAUCAAUCUUCUGGCAAAUCUUGGAAUGAUUGCUUUAAUUAGAGUAGAUCCACACCUCCACACACCCAUGUACUUCUUCCUCAGCCACCUCUCCUUCUCAGACCUCUGCUACUCCACUGCAGUUGGACCCAAGAUGCUGGUGGACCUUCUGGCCAAAAACAAAUCCAUUCCUUUUGUUGGUUGUGCUCUGCAGUUUUUCUUCACCUGUAUCUUUGUAGAUGCAGAGUGCAUGUUGCUGGCUGUGAUGGCCUUUGAUCGGUACAAGGCCAUCAGCAACCCCUUACUGUAUGCAGUGGACAUGUCCAGUAAGGUGUGCUAUCAACUCCUGGCUGGAGUUUACCUGGUAGCGAUGGUGGAUACUGUGACACAUACUAUAAUAACCUUUGGGCUAUGCUUCUGUGGGUCUAAUGAGAUUAAUCAUUUCUUCUGUGAUAUCCCUCCUAUUCUGUUGUUAUCUUGCUCAGAUAUACAGGUCAAUGAGUUAGUAAUGUUCAUCAUUUUUGGUUUCAUCGAACUGAGCACCAUCUCAGGAGUCCUUGUCUCCUACUGUUACAUCAUCUUAUCAGUCUUAAAGAUCCGCUCAGCUGAGGGGAGGUUCAAAGCCUUCUCUACCUGUGCCUCUCAUUUAGCUGCAGUUUCCAUUUUCCAAGGUACUCUACUCUUCAUGUAUUUUCGUCCAAGUUCUGCAUACUCCCUAGACCAAGACAAAAUAACCUCACUGUUUUACACUCUUGUGAUUCCCAUGCUGAACCCUUUGAUUUAUAGCCUGAGGAACAAAGAUGUGAAAGAUGCUCUCGAAAAACUGAAAAAUAAAAUUUUCUUUAAAUGA